AUGCUUUUCCUUCCAUUUGCAUUCUUAUUGAACUAUCCAAUCCAAUUUCCGUCAUGUCCAGGACUUGAUCCACGCGAUCGCCGUUCUAUGUUUCUUGACGAACUGACACGUCGAUCAAAAGUGAAAAUAUAUCCUAAAAGAAUAGAGUGGAGUUGCGAUUUAGAGAGGGAGGCAGAUGAGGCGGUACAACAGUGUUUGAUCAGGUCAUAUCCAUUAAAGAAGGAUUUUCGGCAGACUGGUGAUUUAUUCGGCCAAAAUAUCAGCAAAUCCGAAUUAGUUGAAUUUUCAACUCUUAAUGAAGAAGAAUGGCUUCAAACCAUUGAGAUUGGUUGUGCCAAAAAACUUUGUCAAAAUGGAAAUCAAGAAAUCGAUCUUAUUGUUUGCCAUUAUAAAAUCAAGCAAGAGUCGAGCUUAAUCACAGCAAUGAAGGAAGUUGCUGGUUUCAAAUUGGGUUCUUUUGUACCACAGCUGGGAUCGUUCGAAAGUAAAAUAUUGCAAGGAUCUAUAAAAGCUGAUAAGAUAUUGCCAACGAAAUCCGACAAGCCAAUAAGGAUGACGACAAAAAUCGAUUUUUCAAAAUGCGUAGAACCCAACAUCGCUGUCAAAGUGCAGGAGAGAGUUGUCGCGCGUCAUAAUUUGUAUAAAGCUUUACUUGCAUAUAUUAUCGCAAAAUUGCAUGGAAAUCUUCCUGAUAAAAGACCAGAUUUGAAAUGGAACUGUUCUUUGGCGAAUUCCGCACAGCUUUGGGCAAACGAGUGUGUUUGGUCACAUUCUGAAUCUGCUUUUGAGAACAAAAUUGGCGAAAGCUUAAUGAAUUUCUGGAUUAACGAUACAUCAUUGCCAGAUUCAAUAUUAAUGGAUGCAACUGAUGCGUGGUGGAGUAAUGUAGUUCAUAAGGAUUAUGCUGGUGAAUCAAGUAAAAACUUCGUGCAAAAUUUUGAUUUCUUCAUCCAAAUGACAAAUUUGAUAGCAACCGAUAUGGGUUGUGGAAUGGCACUUUGUCCAGUAGGAGGCUAUCAUGAAAAAAUUCAGCUAAUUGUCUGCCAAUAUUACCCACUGGAUAACAGUUUGGCUGAUACAAUCGGAAAAUUUUUGAUUGAAAAUCGAGUACGAUUCCUCGAAUUUGCUCAAGCGUAUUCAUAA